CAACAAAAAAGCACAGCGUGUCAACGUGUCAAGAAUAAUCGCCGGUUGGCUAUCCUCGGCCCCACCGGGGCUAACCCCCGGUCGCCGACCGAAUUAAUGGCCGGAAAUCCGAGGAGGGGCGCCGGUCUCAUCGGCUUGAUGAAGGACGCUUUUCAGCCCCACCAGCAGCCUCUCCAGCCUCACCAACCUGCAGUGGUCGAUAAGAAAAUGGUGGAGAAAUGCUGGAAACUCAUGGAUAAGGUGGUGCGUUUGUGCCAGAACCCCAAGGUGGCAUUGAAGAACAGCCCGCCCUACAUCCUGGACCUGCUGCCGGACACCUACCAGCACCUACGCACUGUUCUGUCCCGAUAUGAGGGCAAAAUAGAGAUUCUCGGGGAGAAUGAGUAUUUCCGCGUAGUCAUGGAAAACUUGACCAACAAGACAAAGCAGACCAUGAGCCUUUUUAAGGAGGCCAAGGAGAGGAUGUUUGAGGAGAACUCCCAGCCCAGGCGAAACCUUACCAAGCUGUCUCUGAUCUUCAGUCACAUGCUGGCUGAGCUAAAAGCUAUCUUCCCCAAUGGCUUAUUUCAGGGAGACAACUUCAGGAUCACCAAAGCUGAUGCUGCUGAAUUUUGGAGGAGGUCAUUUGGAGACAAGUGA